CCAAUAGAGCAGCUACUCGGCGGUAUGCAUGCAGCACAUGGAUGCGUGCGCGCGCAUGGUGGCGCUUGGAUUUAAGAGUUGCGUGCGCACAAGUGCAAGAAAAAGAAGCUUAAACGAAGCGCCACCACCGCUUUAUUUGACUACAAAAGGCGAUGCGUCGCAGCAAGACCCGCAUAGGCUGUCCAGGACCAGGUCUCCCGUGCAACCUACCGCACAAGCUUCGCCAUGACUUCUUGGUGGCUAAUCCUGUUGUUAUCAUCUCAAGCAAUCCUUCAGCACUCGUCUGUAGACGCUACGUUUGACAUUGGCCUCAGAUGGCUGCGUGGCGACAGCUCGCUCUUCUCCAGCCUCAUCAACACGACUGUGACCGCUGGGACGACCGAAACCACCGUUCCUCAGACAACGCCUCUGGACGUCGCCAGCACCACUGAGGAUGCGUUGCAUGAGAGCCGUACCGCAGUCUUUCGAGACGACGUGGUCAUGGCUACUACUACCACUGAUUCUACCACGGUGACCACUGGACAGACCACCGCAGCCACGACCCCUACUGAAAUCGACGCGAGGACCGCAGGAACUACCGAGGCCAUGAUCCUGGUGGAGGACGCGACACCCGUGUCGCUGGACGAUCUCGCGCUGCAGGUCGGCAAAGUGCCGGAUCCGGUGCUGCAUCUAGUGGUUAAUGAGGAUGGAUCGCACUCUUUUGUGAUCGUCAGCGGACGCCAAGGGCCAACGACCGUGCCUACCGCUACCACUACGGCUACCACCACUACGGCUACGGAAACUGCCACUACGUCUGCUACCGCUACGACUACGUUGGCUACCACAACCUCUGCUACAGAAGCUACUACGCCUGCUACCACUACCUCGGCUGCGGAAGAUGCCUCUACGUCGCUUUUUACAACAAUUGCUGGUACCACGACCUUGGCCGCUCCCAACACGACUUCUCCCUACUUGAUCCUGUUGCAUUACCUCCGGCCAUUCAUCUUCGGCCGCCUGGGCGCCGCUUCGACAGCCAGCACUGACGCGACCACAGUCGUCCCAGACGAGCCCUCAACGCCCGUCUUUUCCACGGGCUCUCCUUGGCUCGGGGGCGUACCAGAUUCAAAGCCCGUCACUACAGAAGCUGCAGAUCCUGGGUUGUCGUCUCCACUCGUCCCCACCGCAGCUGCUGCAAGAACCGUGGCAACUGCAGACACCUCCACCACCGACACCAGCCCCGUAACGGCCACAUCGGGUGACGCCGUCCCAGCUACUGUUGUCUUUGACCUGUCUCUCGCCUCUUAUCCGGCCGAGUUUAGGGCAACCGAACUUCCGUACUUCUCCCAAAAUUUCUCCACCAUUGGCGAACCAUCCGACCGCACAACAUCUUUCGACACCAUCAGCACCACUCCAGUUCUCGGCACGACCGAAACACUGACUCCAACGCCUGCGAGUUCCUCCGACUACGUCUCGACGACCGUUGCUACCGAAACUACCGCGGCCGACACCAUGCCGGCCACGCUCGACUCCGUUACGAGCAAUGUACCCCAUACAGACGACGCUGCCACUGAGGCACCUGUUCCAACGCCACGUUUUCUUGUCUCGACGCCCAUUUCUACCGAAACUACGAUUUCGCUCACGACUCCCGUCACGAGUAAUGCAGUUACCAGCGACGUCCCUGCUGCACAAUCUGGUGCCCCUCCCACCACCGAGGGUCCCACGUCAACGUCUCUCAAUACCAACUCGCCGGUCGAGCUGCAUUCGUUGGCAUCUCGGCUGAUCACCGAGACGACUUCACUGACCCCGCCGAUGAUCGGCUACCUGCGCCAAGUCACCUUCGCGCCCUGGCCUCCAGCGGCCCCCAACAAGACCUACGGCGGGGACGGCGCCGACGAGCCAAAGUACCGCUACUUCUACGACCCUGCGCAGGUCAUGCAAGUCCUGUAGGCAACCUGCCCACUCUUUUAAUCCCGUGGCGGCAUUUUUAAUCCCCAUUCACCGCCUCAUGCGCACCGCCACGCUCCAUUAACCCACCCUUGCAUGCCAGCGUUCAAAAUGCGCAAUAAAACAUGUAUACCAGC